ACACAGAGAUACAUACAUAUACCAUCACUUUCUAUUUUCUCAUUCUCCGCCCUUAUCUCUUUCUAUUUUUCAUUCCUAUUAAAUUUCUUUCAUUCUUCAGGUUUUGGCUUGUUUUUUCUUUUCCUCGUGCCGUCUAGAUUUUUAUUUUUUUUCUUGGGUUUUUGAAUCGUCUUUGAUGAUACUUAGUCUCGGAGAGGCUGUUCUUGCUGAUGCUUCAUUAACGAGAGGUAAUGCUAGUUGGCUUCGUGUGAUGGGGUUUUCGAGGAAGGAAGUGGUAUUGGACAUGCCUAAAGGUAUGGAUGAACUAGUGGAUGUGUUGGGAAGUAGGUUGUCCUUAUUGUCGAAGGAGGAAGCAAGCCUAUUUCUGACGAAAAUAAAGAUUGGGGGGGUUUUGCUGAAGUUGGUGAAUUCAGAGUAGCUCACAAUGGUGUUUUAAUGCAUUUAAAUGCUUGGUAGUGGCAAUAGCUAGGAGUUGCUGGCUAAGGGCUUGUUUGGGCAUGGUGGUCCUCGUAGAGGAGGCACAAUGACAAUGCUGGAGUGAUUAUCUUUGAAUUUUUCCCUAAUAAAAUUUUGAAUUUGUG